AUGGCACAGAAUAUCUUCCACAAUGACUAUCCAUGGACAUUGCCAGACGCCCCUUUUGUGGUCUCCGCGCCCAUGAUGAAGAUCACACUAGGACGUCUGGCCGUAUCCGUAUCUGCGAACGGAGGAUUUGGAUUUCUGGCUGGCGGAUUCGACUUGAACCCACUUGCAAAGGAUCUCGCGGAAGCAGCAGACUUUGCUCAGUCUAACAACGUACCUCUUCACAACGGGAUGCUUCCGAUCGGCGUGGGCGUCCAAAAUUGGGGCAGUGACUUGCAACUAGCGCUUGACGCCCUGAAAGCACACCCCGUCGCUGCGGUAUGGUUCUUUGCUCCGAAGCAGUUGAGCGAUCUGCUGGGGUGGGCCAAGGAGAUCCGAGCAGCGAGUGACGGCAAGACCAAGAUCUGGGUUCAGAUUGGCACUGUGGCUGAGGCGAUUGAGGUCGCCAAAACCACCAAGCCUGAUGUCCUGGUUGUCCAAGGCUCGGAUUCGGGCGGUCAUGGCCUUUCUCAGCGAGCGAGUCUAAUGACUCUUCUGCCAGAGGUUGCUGAUACCUUCGCCGCUGAGGGUAUUGACAUCCCGCUAAUCGCGGCUGGGGGUAUCAUGGACGGCCGAGGUGUGGCAGCCGCAUUGACACUCGGCGCACAUGGCGUCGCGUUGGGUACGCGGUUUCUCGCUUGCCAUGAAGCAGUCAUUGCAAGGGGGUACCAGGAGGAAGUUGUGAGAGUGACUGACGGUGGCGUCAGCACUGUCGCGAGCACGAUCUACGAUGUCGUCAGAUGUAUCCAUGGAUGGCCGCCAACCUACGUCGGCAGAGGUGUAGCGAACAGGACCUUUUUUGACGCGGUGCACGGAAUGAGUCCGGCGGAGAAUAUAGAACUGUACAAGGAGGCAACGCAGCAAGGAGAUGCCGGUUGGGGUCCCGAAGGUAGAAUGACGACGUAUGCAGGUACGGGUAUCGGGCUGGUAAAGGAGGUCAAAUCUGCAGGAGAGAUUGUGAAAAGUAUCCAAGUUGAGGCCAUUCAGGUCCUGCAGAAAUCGGCCACGAGGUAUGGAAAAUGA